GGAUGAAUGGGGCCGGGCUGAUUGCGAACUACGGCUCCCCGGUCGGCAGCGUCGUGGCGGCCCCCGGGGAGAGCGGCGUUCAGGAACGUUGCCGAUGCUCUGUGCAGCGGCGGGGGCCUCAGGCCGGAUUCCUGCGGCCGAGGUUUAGGCGGCCGAGCGUCUUAGGCGCGCUCGCCCCCUGCCCGCGCAGCGGCCAUGCACCCGGCCUUGGCCGUGAGCCUGGUGUUCGCGGGCUGCUGCAGCAACGUGGUGUUCCUUGAGCUCUUGGCCCGGAAGCAUCCAGGAUGCGGGAACAUUGUGACGUUUGCACAGUUUUUAUUUAUUGCUGUGGAAGGCUUCCUCUUUGAAGCUGAUUUGGGAAGGAAGCCGCCAGCUAUCCCACUACGAUACUACACCAUCAUGGUGACCAUGUUCUUCACUGUCAGCGUGGUCAACAACUAUGCCCUCAAUCUCAACAUUGCCAUGCCCCUGCACAUGGUGUUUAGAUCUGGCUCUCUGAUUGCCAACAUGAUUCUAGGAAUUAUCAUUCUGAAGAAAAGGUACAGUAUUUUCAAAUACACUUCCAUUGCCCUGGUGUCCGUGGGGAUUUUUAUUUGCACGUUCAUGUCAGCAAAGCAGGUGACUUCCCACCAGUCCAGCUUGAGUGAGAAUGAUGGAUUCCAGGCAUUUGCAUGGUGGUUACUAGGUAUCGGGGCACUGACUUUUGCCCUUUUGAUGUCAGCAAGGAUGGGUAUAUUCCAGGAGACUCUCUACAGACAGUUUGGGAAACACUCCAAGGAGGCCUUGUUCUAUAACCACGCCCUUCCGCUCCCUGGCUUCAUCUUCUUGGCCUCCGAUAUCUAUGACCACGCGGUUCUGUUUAAUAAGUCUGGCUGCUGCCCUCCCUCGUUCGGAAGAACGGUGAAGCUAUCCCAAAGUGACGUGACCGUGUCCUCUCUCAACCCUCGCAGAAUCCUAUCAAAUCCCAGUCGUCGGCGUGACCAUGCCCAUCAUGUGGUUCUACCUGCUCAUGAACGUCAUCACUCAGUACGUGUGCAUCCGGGGCGUGUUCAUCCUCACGACGGAAUGUGCCUCGCUCACGGUCACACUCGUCGUGACUCUGCGCAAGUUUGUGAGCCUCAUCUUUUCCAUCUUGUACUUCCAGAACCCCUUCACCGGCUGGCACUGGCUGGGCACCUCGCUUGUCUUCAUCGGGACCCUGCUGUACACAGAGGUGUGGAACAGUCUGGGGGCUGCAGAGAGUCAGCCCCAGAAAGGCCACAAGGAGAACUGAGGUCUGCCCAGGAGUGUCACCGCGAGAGGGGGACCUGGUGAUGUUCUGGCCACCGGGUCAUCAUGUCCCCCCCAGUACUGGACCAGAGGGUCCUCAGGAGACGACGCCUCAACAUCUCCUGGCCAUACAGACGACAUCCGUAGACUCUGAGUAGAAAUCCAUGAAUCCCAAAGUAGAAAGAAAGGCCAGUUCUAUACUUCUGGACAACCCUUUCAUUGGUUAUUUCUGUUUUGUUUACCAAAAAAAUUGAGUGCUAUACUUGUUUAUGGACUUCCACGCCCCUAGAGCUGCUAGUUUUAUAUGCACAGACUUGGGACACAGCUACGCCUUCCGUUGCCAUCCUGGUGAUUCCCUGCUGUCCUGAUCAUCGUCGUCGUCAUCCAUGGCUUUUUUCUCCCAUCGCAUCCCCACACAGUCAGUCAUGCUGCACACACCAUGGUCAGCGGGGCGAGCUGAGUGCCCAAGCAAGUGGCAGCGCCAGGCCCCCGGCCCCGGCUUCCUCCCACGUGUUGGAGAACAGUGGUGUUCCCUGUGAGCCGAGCUGGAGGGCUUCUUUGCCCCGCCCUCAUUUGCUUUAUUUCCCCGCCCCCAUUUGCUUUAUUUCCCCCUGCAGAAAUCAGCUGUCGCUUGCUUUUUGUGCUUAGAGAGUCCUGCAGUGGACCUCGAGGCACAGCGCUCAGAGGCGAGGAGAGUUGUGUACGGAUCGCCAGGGAGAGGCCCCCAGCCUUGUUGUGCAGCCCUUUAGCUUGGGGCUGAGCUGGGGAGGGCAGUGUGGCUCCGGGACAGCCGGCCCUGCUCAGCCCCCACUGUGGGCCCAGCCAGGCGCUCCCAGGGCAGCCACGUGGGAGGGUUAGGCUCUGGAAGACUUUGUUUCCUAGAGCCCUGACCCGUCAGGCUACUGAAGAGGCUAGGCUGUGCAGUGGGCGGGGAUGUGGGGUGUCAGUCAGGUCAAAUCCCAAGGACGCCGAGAGGCACUCUCUUGUUUAAGGUCCUUCAUGUGGUCACUGGGUGUCGGGGGAAGGGUUUGCUGUUAGGAGAGACCUGCCGCUCUCGCUGAUGAUUUCAGGGGCCUGGUUUCCUCCCGGCGGAGGAUCCUGGGAGCGGAAUGCCGUCAGCACAGUGCAGGCAUCGUGGGAAGCCAGUAUUCUCGUAUCUCUCCUUUCUUCUCUUACCCCAGACCUUUGUUAACCUCAGCCAAGUGCAUCCUCUCCUGGAAGCAACUAGGCCUCCUAGCGUUCACCUGCAAAGGCCUUGCGUUUCCGGCUGGGUGCAGACUGUGUUCUGAGAUCGGGAUGCUUGCUGGGCGGCCUGGGGGUGGUGUGGGUGUGUAUCCCACUGUCUGGAGCCUUGCUCUGUGGGGCUGAGAAGCUGUGGCAGCAGGCGAGGGGCGCAGCCCUGCCGCAGGGGUGUAUCUGUUACAUACAAUGUGGGUGCUGUUUCUGCACCCCGCUCCCUGGGCUGGCAGGCCUGUUUGUCCUGGACAUUGAGCACUUGCCAGGGCCACCGGUGGGGUCUCCUCAAAUGCCAGCAUAGGUGUGAAUCCAUCCCCUGGAAUCAAACCUCCUCGUUUUGAGCUACGUGAGGGUCCCUCCUCAGACUGCUGGUGUCGCGAAUGCCGAGUGCUGAACCCCCUCCUGUAGGCAGCGGUCACAGGGGAGCCCGCCCCAAGCAGCUGGCUGACUGCCAUGCAGCUCCAGUCACCCUUUCCGUGUUAAAGCAGAGAAUCAGGUGUUUUGGUUGAGACAGGUGAAUGCACACAGACAGCAUUUAACUGGGCCCGUGAGGCUUUAGAUGCUGGACUUGGAGCUUGUCAGUGAGGCUCUCUGCACUUUGUAACAGGGAACAUGGUGGACAGGAGAGACAGUCCAGCUGCUGUGGGGCAAGUGCCAGCGCCGCCCUGGCACUGGCUUUUCUCUGAGUUGGAUAGAAGGGAGUAUGCCUGGCCCCAGUUACUGUAUUUCUUUUAACCAUUUAUCACACACACACACACACAUUCCCUUUGGCUAACUUAUUUUUAAAGGCAAGUAGGAAUUGUUUUCAGCCUUUCUUCAAAGGGCAAAUAAGUCAUUUGAGAGAGGGCCAUUCUCACCUGCAGGAGGAGAAAUGUCUACGAGUGGCUCCUCCUCUUUGCCUGGGUCAGGACCAUGUGCUUUGUGUUGCAGAAACAGAGCAGAGGGUUUGCUUACAAAAGAGUGUGGUGGUUGAGACGCCCAACACUCCUCUCCAGAGCAAAGAUCAAAUGGCAAAGGACAGGCCCUGGCCAGGAAGUGCAAGGUGCGUGCCACUCUGUGUGCGCUCAACAGCUUGGCUAUGCGACCGGGGAGGUGGCAGGAGAAGACAGUGGAUGUCUGAAUCCACGUGUCCUUACUGAAAUUCUGUUGGCAUGUUCUAAGUGAUUUUUCAUUUUUUAAACGAAUAAUUCUUUUUUUGGAGGCUUAUUUUUCAUCCAGCCAGAACACCCGUUAGUCACUAGGUGAGCUGAUACCAAGUUCUGUAGAUGUGGACACAAUUCAGAGAGUUGUUCCCUCUAACCGCCCAGCUAGCCACAGGAAAUGCUGUAGUAUUUGAAAUCGGUCAGUGCUGUAAGCUGAGUUGGUCGGUGCCAACCCAUAAUAGACCUCUUGUGUUUUCCCGGAUACUUGUAAAGGAUUCUGAUAACCAACUUAGGUCAUGGCCUGAGCGCCUCUCCUCUCUGAUGCCCUUACUUCCUUAUCCCCCUCCUCCUCACCCUUACCGACCUUCCAUUUGCUUCCCUGCACCUGCGUUUGUUCCUGAGCAGGACCUGUAAUUAACCUUGGACCUGUGUCUGCCUCUGUUCUUUGGGGCGCCUGGGUGUUUUUGUAGAUUUUAUAGGGUAUUUAUAUCUGUGCACCAUCUAUUUUGUUACAAAUUCUUAUAAACGUUGCUGUUCAAAGCAUGCAACUCCGUGGGUAAGAGUAUGGGGCAGUGUGUGACUGUACGAGUGGGCGCGUGUGAGCAGGAAGAAAUGCUGCCUGUUCCGUUACAGCUCCAAGUGGGGGCUGCGUGUGUGUGCCGCCAUUUCCCUCUGUAUUUGGAAAAGAGUUUGUUUAUUUUUGCUGUUUUUACCCUACCUCUGGCUGGCUUCAUUCCAUGGUGCCAGAUACUUAACGGAGAGAGUGGAGACAGGAACAAAAAAAACAUCAGGUCAGAAAGAAUUCUAAACCGGCGAGGCCGCCCUGUGCCUGCUGGCGGACCUGCUCCCCAGGCGACAAUGACCGCAGCAGGUACACAAAUACACCUGGAGAAGAACCACGUUGCAGAGAGCUGACAUCAAGACCCUACGUCUGUAGUGUUGUGUUUCUCUUUGACUCGAAAUAGAAUUCUGAGUAAUUUUGUCCUUAGCAGAUAACUAAAGCAUGUUGGUCUUUGUCCUGAAGAGAACUGUGACGGAAUCCUGGGUGUGUCUUCUGAAAGUGAGUGCAAACACUGUGUGCAAAUAAAGGUCCCGGCCUGGAGCCCUGGCGGGUGUGAAGUGUCUGCUGGGGUGGAGACGCCCCUCUCGGCAGUGCUGGCAGUGCCGUGUGCUCUGUCUCCUGCAGCCUGCUCACAGCACACAUUCCAGGGGCUGCAGGGGUCAGUGCUCCUAGCCUGCUUGUUUCUGGGUUGCCAGCCCUUGGCACAGUGUCUGAUUUAUCUUAUAUGAAUAAACAAAUGCUUGACCAAGAUCUCGUCUUCCCUCAA